UUAUUUCUUAUUGUAGUCUGUCGGCUGCAGCGAAACGAAGUUUGAAUAUACAGAUUCAGCCGUCCGCAAUAGAGUGGAACCGAUACGUUUUAAAUUAAUAGUUCGUGUGAAUUUUAUAUGAUGUAUCAUGUUUAGUUGAAAUCACUUCGUCCGUAGAAAUGUUGGAAGCUGGUAAUACUCCUGAAAAGUUUAAAUUUAUGCCUAUUUUAUAUCAAGAUCAUUGGCUUCAUUGUUAUUUGUCUCAUUAUUAUGGGGAAUGUCAACCCCAUUUUUACGCAAAGGGAGUGAAGGAAUUGAGAAAAUCAAACACAAGAAUUUCUUUAAGCAAUGGUUUGCAGAAUUAUGGUUUUUGGCUACAAGAUGGAAAUAUGUUCUUCCAUUUUUAAUCAAUCAAAGUGGUUCUGCUUUUUAUAUUAUGACUCUUGCAUCAACAGAUCUUUCGUUGGCCAUCCCUUUGACUAAUUCUCUAACUUUCGUCUUCGUUACUCUUGCGGGUCGCUAUCUAGGAGAAGAGGGUGACAACGUGAUGUCUUAUGUAGGAAUGACAUUAGUUAUAACCGGAGUGACCCUUUGCGUAGCCGAUCGAGUAUAGAAAUCGUCGAUAGAUCGUAAGCUAAUAUCGAUUUACACAAAGCAGAUAAUCCAUUAAAAAAAUAAACCCAAAUAGGAAAAAAAUCGAUUCAUGACGAACCAGCAAUAUUUUCCUUUGGAAUUUCACGUAGUUGAAACCUAAAACAAUCUUAUGCACGGGUAUAUAAAUAUAUAUAUUUGUUAACGUUUAAUCGAGAUUGUUAUGUAUAAAUAUAGUUGAAAUAAAUAUUAUUUCAUUGUUUAUCUUCCGUUUAAAUAUUUAUACGAAGGGCGAGUUACGUAGCCCCGAAGCUAGUGUCGUGUCGUUGCACGUUAUCUCGAUCAGAUUCGAAUCUCUGUCCCGCCCAUCUCUGAUCUGAUUUUUCUAAGCAUUAUAUCCUAAAGUGUAUUAAAUGGAAACCAAGUAUGUAAUGUUGUUUUGUCUAGGCAUUAACUAAUGAUUCGGAUCGGUUAUGAGAUAUACGACUUUUUUUAAAUUUUGUACGGUCAAACAUGAAACAAAACAAAUGCAGAUUAUGCCAAAAUUUAUUUAGUUACGGGUUAAACGCUAUGAAAGAUCUGCUGUUUGGGAUAAAAGGAAUAUUAAAUUUACAUAAUCUCUGUUUAUAGAGCCAUUUCAAGUUUGCAAAUACGAUUAAUAAGCUCCGUAGUCACGUGAGUUUUUUGGAAGCUUUCUAUUCUGAAUUCCAAUUACCUCAUUCGUGGACGUUCAACCUUUUGGUGGAAGUGUAGAGAGUCUUUGAACGAGGACAAGUCAUUAACCAUAUACGCUAGUUGUUCGUUAAAAUCGACUUUGGGCAGAGAUUGAACGUGUUUUUCUUUAUUGAUCCAUUAUUAGAAUAAGUAAUAUAUUUUUAUGGGUUUUAAUAAGGGUUUUUAUGGUUUAAAGUAUUGAUAGAUUUUAAAAAUAGCAUAUUGUAAACUGUAAAUGCAUAAUUUAAUAUACCAAAUCAGGUAAUUGGCGAAUUGGGAAUUUAAUAUAGCUUAAGUAUUACGAAAUCAGUAUUUGGAUCAAGUCGCUAAUUUUUUGAGAUUAUUAAAAUUAUUGAGAAUAUUAAAAAGUUUUUUUUUUAAAUAUAAUAGUCAGUUGGAUAUCAUCCGUUAUAAUAACAACCAGUUUAAAAGUGGAUACUUCGUUUAAUAAACACGCACUCUAAGCAAAGAACAAUUUUUUUUCUCCAGUUCUAAUUUAUCUAAUCGAUCUAACUCAUUCAUCCAUAUCAUAACUUAUGAAUAGUCUACUACAGAAUUCUCUUUAAAAAAUGUAUUUGCCGACAGUUUUUUCUCAAAUCAAACUAAAUGAAUCAGUUAUAAUAGAACGAAGU